CUCAUCCCCUUGCUGUCCCCGCAGUGCUUCAUGAACGCAGUGCUGCAGUGCCUGAGCAGCACCAAACCUUUACGGGAUUUCUGCCUGCGGAAGGAAUUCCUCCAAGAGCAGCCGCCCGGACCCCGCAGCCCACAGGAGCUCACUGAGGCCUUCGCCGAUGUCAUCGCUGCCCUCUGGCACCCGGAAUCCAGCGAGGCCGUCAACCCUGGGCGCUUUAAGGCCAUUUUCCAGAAGUACGUCCCUUCCUUCACGGGAUACAGGUGAGGCUGUGGGCACCCGU